UUGGCCAGCCAGCGAGGAGGAGCGAAGAACCCGAGGCCCAUAUCAUACAAUCUAAUAACAAACCCCCCGCCAGACGAGGUCCACCUGUUCCAGCGGAUUAGGCGAUAAGACAGCCAUAAACACAGAGAUCUGGUUACGUAAACAGAACAGAAUUCCGGGAAUAACAUGGAGGUGCCGCCACCGCUCGUCCUCAAGCGACCACUUUAUGUGCCCAGCAAGACGCUGAUGGGUCCCGGGCCCUCCAACUGCUCCCAUCGCGUCCUGGAGGCCAUGAGCAACCCGGUCCUGGGCCACAUGCAUCCCGAGUGCCUGCAGAUCAUGGACGAGGUGAAGGAGGGCAUCAAGUACAUCUUCCAGACCCUAAACGACGCCACCAUGUGCAUCAGUGGAGCGGGUCAUUCCGGAAUGGAGGCCGCCCUGUGCAAUCUGAUCGAGGACGGCGAUGUGGUGCUCAUGGGCAUCACGGGAGUCUGGGGUCAUCGUGCUGGGGAUAUGGCCCGUCGCUAUGGCGCCGAAGUGCAUUACGUGGAGGCGAGUUUCGGCCGGGCUCUAACGCUCGAGGAGAUCACAUUCGCCUUCGAAGCGCAUCGUCCGCGUGUCUUCUUCAUUGCCCAAGGCGACUCAUCGACGGGAAUUUACCAGCAGAAUAUCCGUGAGCUGGGCGAGCUGUGCCGCCAAUACGAUUGCUUCCUAGUCGUCGAUACGGUGGCCUCGCUGGGCGGUGCCGAAUUUCUGAUGGACGAAUGGAAGGUGGACGUGGCCUAUACGGGCUCACAGAAAUCCCUCGGUGGUCCCGCCGGCAUUACGCCCAUUUCGUUUAGUAAGCGCGCAUUAACUCGCAUCCGGAAAAGGAAAUCCAAGCCGAAGGUCUACUAUUUUGAUAUCCUGCUUAUCGGCCAGUACUGGGGAUGCUAUGGCACGCCGAGAAUCUAUCAUCACACCAUUUCCUCCACUCUGCUCUACGGUUUGCGCGAGGCACUCGCUCACUUUUGUGCCGUGGGCCUCAAGGCGGUGGUGCGACGGCAUCAGGAGUGCUCGCGACGAUUGCAGCUGGGCAUCGAGGAGCUUGGACUGGAAAUGUUCGUCCAGCGGGAGGAGGAACGGCUGCCCACGGUGAACACAAUCAAGGUGCCGUUCGGCGUGGACUGGAAAAAGGUGGCCGAGUACGCCAUGCGCAAGUACAGCGUGGAGAUCAGCGGCGGUCUGGGACCCACCGUGGAGCACGUCUUCCGCAUCGGUUUGAUGGGCGAAAAUGCCACCGUGGAGCGCGUGGACAUGGUUCUCAGCAUCCUCAACGAGGCCAUCCAGAGCAGCAAGCUGGGCAUCAAGACGGAACGAUCCAAAAUUUAAUGUAGCUCCUUGUUUGUAUUGGUUUUUAAAUAAAAUUUUAAAAUUAUCACUUGAA